GAGUAACAGGACAUUGUUAUGCUGCGUUGGCAAUGAUUACUUUGUUAGCCUGCAUAAGGACGCGGCCAAGUGCUACGCUGUCUAAGAGCACUUGAUAACGCGCGCUUUCUACACAAUUUUAAUCAGUUGUGGAAGUGAAUUCGUAAUGGAAAGUUGUGGUUUACGGUAAAAACAAGUUUUCGGGUACAAAGUGUGCGAAAAACAAUAACAAACUAAAUGAACUUGAGCCUGAAGAAUGGCAAAAUAGCAAUGAAGGAUUCACACAUAUGCAUCUCAGUAGAAAGCUUCAAAAUCAACUCUCAAAUUCAAUGUCAGCAUAAAAAUUUAAAGGCAACAAAAUGUAGUUGCCAAGGAAUUUAAAUCAAAGUACAACUUAAUUCCAAAGUGUUUUUAAGCACCAGCACUCAAAGCGUACGACAAGUCGAACAACAUGCCUUGGCAACAGACGCGCUAAAAAGCGCUUAUCAAAAUCAAUCAAAUAUGUGGCAGCUCCGACUGUAGUUAUUGACGGCUCCAGCUGCUACCAAAGCAGCGGCUUGCAACAGUUCAUUAUGAAAUUCAUGAGUUGAGUGCCAAAAAUGUACGAAAAGUUUAACAUUUCAAGUUAACUUCAAGUGAAGCAAAAGUAUAAGAAGCAAAAUUUUAAAUCACCAGUGGUAAUCAUAGAAAAAGUUCAAAGUGUGAAGGUGCACUCAAUUGAGUGAGUAAGACAAUUCAGUGACUACGUGUGAAAAGUAAUGAAUUAUAUUAUAUUUCUGAAAUAAAUAAUAAAAAUGCAGGCGAAUAUUAUAAAUACACAAACAGUUUGUCUCCUUAACAGUUUACUUUUCAUGAACGACAAUUAUUCGCAAUGAGCGACUUUUCCGCAAUAAAAUUGGUAGCCGUUAAUAAAUUGUGACUUUGAGCGUAUUCGUUGAGAUUUAUUGAAUGCCGGAAGCCUAAUUUAGUGGGUAUUAAACUGGUCUGUACAGCGACAGCUAUCAUAACAUGCGAAAAUGUGCCACAAGCAAUAUAAAACGAUUAUGUUGCACACUAAAAAUAAUCACAAUAAUAAUGCCGAUAAAAUUAACAAUCUAAUAAAAAUUAGGUUGGAGAAACAACAAAAGCAAUUAAAGCAGACACAGCAGGUGGAAAAUCAUUGGGUGUUGAUGUGGCGGAGCGGAAGGAGCAGUGGAAAAUUCCUGUCAAAUUUUGUGGCCAUAAAAAGAAUGUGUAUAAGUGAAAGAAAUAUUUGCGGUGCAAGAAAAUUUAUGUGAAAAGCAACAAACAAUUUAGUCAGCAAGGAAGUGGAAUAAACGCCAAAAAAACAAUAACAGUGAUUAAAGUGAGAACAGCAACGAAAAAUUAAACGAAGCGAUCUAAUUUGAAGUUAUUUAAAAUAAUUUUAGAUUAUUUAAAGGCAACAAAAAAGUUUUGAGGCACCAAAAGACACAAAACUAAACUGACUAAAAAUAACCGCAGCGCAAGCACUGUUCGUUAUUUUGCCUCCAGCUUUUUGGUUUUCCACUUUGGUCUGCAGCUACCGUGCGUUUCGCAGAAGUGUGGCAUUUUCCGUUAACAUUCUUAUUGCUGCUUUAACCUCGCACUUUCAACAAGAAGACAGACAUUGCCUUCAAAAAUCACUGCUGCUCGAGUUGCUGCCGUCACGACUACAACAACUGCAGUCGCUUACGUGCGGUGUUACGCGGCUGACGUUGGCAACGGCCGUAACGUUGCAUGGAAUGGCGCGACCUCACCAGCCGGCGCAACUAUUUGCAAUUCAAAUGAAUUGACGCGCAACAAAAACACACACACAAAUAGCAACUACAAGUACUACAACUAAGCAGAAAACAAAAACAAAGUAUUGAAAGAAAGAACAACAACAACAUAAGAUUAACAAAAAAGCAUUGAAUAGCGACGUCAGCGGCUUUCACCUUUAAAUUGCCUUCGCUACGCCACGCUUCAACCCUUUCAUUUCAUUUUCUAUUAAUAGAAAGUUUCACACUUUUGACACCGUCGCCGCCGCUGCCGCUGCCGCCCUUUGCCCGCCAUUCCACUUAAAUAAAGCUGCGUUUAGAGCUACCUACCUACCGGCCACAACAGCACGCCAUGAUAACACGGUUGUACAACACCGAGGAGGACCAGGCCCUUUGUUCGUUAAUUUGGGGCAGAAACUUGAAUGCGUCGAAUGCGAACGAACAAAUCGAUGAGGAUGGUGAGACGACGCUUGUUGGUAGCGCAGUAGCUGGCGCUACACCAACACUAUACAGUGCACACAGCAGUUAUGGUGCGGGCAGUGCGCUAGGUGUCGGCGUCGCAGAGUCAGACAUACUUAUUGGCAGCGCUGCUGUGCAUGGUGCUGGCGGCAGUAGUUUACGUGACGAUUUUUUCAUUGCCAACGACUUCCCUGAGGAUCCACGCACAGAGGCUUUACGUGAGUACUCUUACGGCAUUAUUUUACCAAUAAUCUGCUCGCUUGGCAUCAUUGGCAACGUCCUUAAUCUAGUUGUACUGACGCGAAGAAAUAUGCGCGGAACGGCUUAUAUUUACAUGAGAGCCUAUUCUACUGCAGCACUAUUAGCCAUCGUAUUCGCCAUACCCUUCGGUAUGCGCAUGCUGGUGCAUAAAGAUCGCGGACGUUGGGAAGAAUUCGGACCCGCCUUCUAUACAGCGCAUCUGGAGCUUUUUCUCGGUAACGGUUGCCUAGGUGUGGGUGUAAUGAUGCUGCUAGUGCUAACCAUUGAAAGAUAUGUCUCUGUGUGUCAUCCAGGGUUUUCACGUCCCGUCAUGGGACCACCUGGAAUUGUUGUGUUCCUAACCACUCUCGUCACUUUCAUCAUUUACACGCCAAGCGUGUUUCGUGGCGUCCUAGUCAAGUGUAUAUUACACUCAGAUGGCAACUAUGUUUACUUUCGACGUGAUAAUAAUGAAUUCCUAAAGACGCUUUUUUACUCGGUCUACAAAGUAAUGCUCGAGGUGAUAUUCAAACUAAUACCAACUGUAUUAAUCGCCGGAUUAAAUAUGCGCAUUAUGUUGGUGUAUCGAAAAACUUGUCAACGACGGCGUGAGAUGCUGAUUUCACGCUCGAAUUGUGUGCGCGAUGAGGAUCCAAGAAAAUUCGCCGAAGAACGAAGGUUAUUCUUAUUGCUAGGUAGUACAUCAAUAUUGUUCCUCGUUUGCGUGUCCCCUAUGGCCAUUGUACAUAUGACAAUUGCUUCCGAAGUAUUGCCGAACUUUUCAUUUCAGGUGUUUCGAGCAUUGGCCAAUUUGAUGGAACUCACAAACUAUUCUAUAACAUUCUACAUAUAUUGCUUAUUCAGUGAAGAUUUUCGAAAUACGCUGAUACGCACCAUCAAAUGGCCUUGGGUUAGAACGAAAAUGUGUCAUCAUGUCGAUGAGAUUUCAAAUGCAAGAGCAACACCCUUAAUGCAUUUCAACAAAAUAGCAUUACGGAAUCACCAUAUAACGACGACAUCGGGGGUGUGUACCGGCAUGGGACGAUCAAGUAGCAUUUGAUUUGUUAUUUGCAUAGCAUGGUAAUAAAAAAUAAUUAUAUGCAUAUAGAUAUAUAUAUAUAUAUAUGGUAACUCAAAUAUCGAAUGUAAUUAUGAUAAUUCCUAUUUAAAUUGAAGCAUAAGUAAAUAAUUCAGAAUGUAGAAAUAAAUUUUGAAC